AUGUUCUCCGUGCCCCAUACCCCGGGUUCGCCAGGUUUUGGAGACGAAUCGGGCAUGACGCUCGUCUCGCCGUCACAACGCGAUAUAAAGCCCACCCUGGCCGAACUCGAAGCAAUGUCGCCGGCAGAAAUUGCGGCGAUACAAGGAAAAUUAAAUCUGCGACUUGGACCCGAAUAUAUUGCGCAACGGCCAUCGCCCGGCGGGGGUGGGAAGCUGACCUAUGUCGAGGGUUGGCGCAUCAUUAUGCUCGCGAACGAGGUUUUCGGAUACAAUGGAUGGAGUUCAAGCAUCGUCAAACUUGAGACGGACUUCUGUGACGUUAAUGAGGAGUAUGGGACGAGGAGGGUGUCGUGUGGGAUCAGUGCCAUGGUUCGAGUGACGUUGAAGGACGGAACGUAUCAUGAGGAUGUGGGGUAUGGGACGGCGGAUAAUUUGAAGAGCAAAGGCGCGGCCUUGGACAAGGCGAAGAAGGAGGCUGUUACGGACGGCGUGAAGCGUGCCCUACGCAACUUCGGCAACCUACUUGGUCUCUGUCUAUAUGAAAAGCAAUUCACGCAGGAAAUAGUCAAGAUAAAGGCUCAGCCCAAGAAGCUCGACCCUUCUGAAUUGUAUCGCAGCGCCGCCAACACGCCAGCUCCUAGCGCAUCUUCACCCCAACCUGUAGCUGGUCCCUCCGCGCCUCCACCUCAGCAAGCACAACCGAAGCAACAGUAUCAACAGCAACAACCCCAACAAACGCGACAAGAUGUGAAACCGAAGCCAGCGAAUAUGCGCUCUGUGAUUCAAGCGGCUGUUAAGGCCGCUCCGGAUUACAAGGGGAAAGCUCCUGCAACGCCUUCGCCGCUGAACCCUGCACGAAACACUGGCCUCAAUACCCCAAAUUAUACCCCUGCCGCGGUCGCAGCUCAACAGAGACCUCCUUCACGCGCUAUGCCACCGCAACAGCAGCCUGAUCGUGCAUCGCCGUUCGCCGCUCCACCGCCGCGUCCUACCACAGCGCAGCCUGUACCUCUCUCUCAACCACCUCAGCCCGCUCAACCCGAACAGCGAGCACUUCCAACACGUGUGCCUUCUCCACCGCGCCGCGGGCCUUCGCCUCCUUCAGCAAAACCAGAAAUACUGGAAGAGGCCGAUUCGCUCGAUUCGUUCUUCAACUCGGAAGACGAUGCUAUGUUUGCUGCAUACGACGGCGAAGGCGUGGAGUCGCCCGGCCCCCCUCCGGCGCCACCACCUAUACAACAGCCGUCGCGGACGCACAGUCAAAGUUCGGCUUCGGGACUCGGGCCGCGCACGCCGAGCCAAUCUGCAGGUGGUUUCCGCUUUCCACAAGGCGCACAACAGGGUGGUCGUCCACCGACUUCAAGUAGCGCCGGGCAGGCUCGCCCUCCCACGUCUGGCGGUGGGAAUGCUAACUCGCGAACACCGCUGAACAACGGUCACAACGGCGCUCCGCGGAACGGCAACUGGAGGCAACACAUACAUUCUGCUGGGACCGUCACUGGUGCACCUAUUGUGGCUGGUGUCAAGCGCAGUGCCGACGCCAUGAACGUACCCGCUAAACGACCUAUCAACGGACAAGGGAUGGGCCUUGCUCAUCAGAAUCAACGCCCGCAGCCUACAAGCCUCGAGGUUGGCGCAGGCGGGGACCCCAAGCGUAUUCGCCGAUGA